AUGAAGUUCUCAACACUUACCCCGGCCCUAUUGGGUCUGGCUUCUUCAGUGACUGCCUACACCGUGGAGUACUCAACUGAGACAGGCUACUUUCUGCAAGAUGAGACCUCGACUGAUGCGUCGACCUUUGACUAUACUGCUUUUAAUUUUGGCCUCAUCAAUCGCACAUACCCCGCAGACAGCCAUUUAAAGAAACACCACGACUACUCCCAGUGGGAACGCUUCUAUCACCAGGUCCAGAAGCUCAACCAGGACUCACACAAGGACGUCGAGUACAAGGUCCUUUUCCUCGGUCGUCACGGCGAGGGAUAUCACAACGCUGCAGAGACUUUCUACGGCACGCCAGCAUGGAAUUGCUACUGGGCCGAACUAGACGGCAACAGCACAACAACCUGGCGCGACGCAGCCCUAACAACAAACGGCAUAAAUCAAGCCCUGAAAGCGCACUCCCUCUGGCAAAGGCUCAUCACCGAACAAAACAUCCACACGCCGGAUAACUACUUCGUCAGCCCAUUGACCCGCACCCUCCAAACAGCAAACUACACCUUCACGGACCUAGAUCUACCCCGCGACGCCGCGCCCUUCGCCCCACUCAUCAAGGAACUCUUCCGCGAGGGAAUCAGCAUUCACACCUGCGACCACCGCUCCACCCGAAGCUACAUCCACAACCUAUUCCCCAAGUGGGCGAUUGAGGCCGGCUUCACAGAAGACGACGAGCUCUGGAACGGCGUGACGGGUGAAACGAGCGCUGCGCAAGACGUACGCAGCACGACAGCGCUGAACGAGGUCUUUUUCACCGGGGCGAGUGAGAAGGAUGAGGAGUUUGUUUCGGUCACGGCGCAUUCCGGGGAGAUUUCUUCUAUUUUGAGGGUGUUGGGUCAUCGUACUUUUAGUCUUAGUACCGGUGCCGUUAUUCCUGUGCUUGUUAAGGCGGAGAAGAAGGGGCACGGUCAUAGUCCUGUUUCUUCUUCUAGUGUCGCUUGGACGGAUAGUCCUCAUUGUACCGUGCCGCCGGUUACGUCUGUUACUGCUUGUGUUUGUCCUUCGAGUGCGGUGCCGGUUACGACGCCUUUGGUUACGGAUUUGUAG